AUGACGGGUAAGAGGACAAAGGCAACGGGAGAUAACCUGGUCAACGCAGGAGCGGCCGAAGCAGCCGGCGAAGGGGGAUCGGGCCAGAUGCUGCCAGCCAACCAAAACGACAUAGAAGCCGCCAGGGAUACUUUGAGCGGGAACAUAGACCAGCCGACUCUUCACCAGCUGCUGCUGGGCGUCCUGUCAGCAGCGCAGGCCAACGCGCCAAAAGCGCCAGCCAGGGAUCCCCGGACAGCACCGCCUCGGGAUCGCUCUCCUGACGUUGUCAUCACAAAAGACGUGACCAUCAUGCCAUCCGCAAGAGAACAGCUAGCAGCAAUAAGGACGGAAGUUCAAGCAAAUGACGCACCGAAGCUGACAGCACCACACGAGCAGCGGGAGCAGCUCGACGAAGGAACGCUAAUGCUGCUAGAGACCGCCAUCACCGCGCUGGAUGCGAACGAACCCCAGCUGGCCGUCGCGGGAGAAUGCCUCAAGAUCGCUCACCGCCGCCUUAAGUGCUACUCCGUUGCUCUGGCCAAGGCGGGCCCAGGAGCCAACGGAAUAAGGGCACGCGCGCAGACACUGCUUGGCCAGGUGCCCUUGGACGCUAACCCAAUGAUCGGGGAUCUAGCUCUGGCGUUGGCAAGCCAGGCGCACAAGGCGCGAGCUAGCAGCACAGUCGCCCAGUACAAAGAGCCAUGGCAGGAGUUCCUAGAUUGGGCAGAGCUACUACACAUUCGGGCGAGCGACAUUUACGACAUCAGGCCAGAGAUAGUGGCCAUGUACCUGAUGCACGUCUACCAAACCGCGCAAGCGGAUGAAGUAGGUCCGGGUCGCGUCGCGGGAGCGAGCGCUGCUAUUGCCUGCCAUUUCUUUCUCGCGGGCCGCCCCUCACCUACGGAGCACCCAGCAUGCAACCUCGUUCGGGACCUGGGCAGGUGCACACUGCAAGGGAAGAAGCUGCACAGGGAAAGCAUGCAACCAGAGCAUGUCCGCAUGUUGGCCGCUCACUUCGCUGGGCCGGAUGCCUCACUGCCAGACCUGAUGAUGGUAGCGGCCAUAUCGGUUAUGUUCGCGGGUUUCCUAAGGUUCAACGACCUAGCCCACAUCUCCGUCAAGUCUGAUCUGCUCACCCUGCACGACACUCACAUGGCCAUCACACUGCCUAGGUCCAAAACGGACCAGGAGGGCAAAGGGCAGACCAUCCGGAUCGCGCGCGUGGNGGGCGUGGCCUGCCCAUGUCCCUCGUUUAUAAGCGGCAGGCUCGGCCCAGUUGGAGACCGGUGAUUAGGCAGUCCCCUCGGAGCGCCGGACGUGCAGCUGUACAGCGAUUACCGCACGGCAAAUAAGUGCCUAUAGAGUAUCGUCGCGCGCUAGGAAUGUCGCCUGGCCAGCCCCGCUGGCCAGGGUGUGGUUCGUGCGUCGCUGACGCUUCAGGUUUGCCCUCGGGGCGGGUGACCAGUGGACGCAGUCAUUAAUGCUGCGUUUAGUUGUCUAGUGCUGUGCGUCAGUUCUUUCGGCCGUGCCGGUGUGGCCGCGCUGGACAGCGCUGCGCGCGCUCAGACCGCGCCGUGUGGCGCUAGACCGCGCUUCGGCGCACACGCGCCCUGGCGCUCCGAGAGCAGCAAUUAGUACUCUGCAGUAGUGUAAGGCCCUUGGCAGCCCCGGUUUCGCCUCGCCCUGUCCUAUCCGACACCCCGAACGCAACCGUACAGCAAGCCAUGAAGGCUAUAGGACAUAA